GUGAGGUCCUCCCUGUGUGUGUGGUUGUGGCACAGGAAGGGGUAUGCUGAUUCUAAGAAUUUAACAGCAUAUUUUCGACACUUACAUUGACAUCUCAGUAGUGAUCUUGCCUGAGAAUGAAACCAGGAGGAAGAGGAGGAAAGAAAGACAGGUGCAGAAUGGCUCUUUCCCAGGGACUGUUGACGUGCAGGGAUGUGGCCAUAGAAUUCUCUCAGGAGGAGUGGGAUUGCCUGGACCCUGCUCAGAGGGCUUUGUACAGGGAUGUGAUGUUGGAGAACUUCAGGAACCUGGUCUCCCUGGGAAUCUCUCCUUCUGGGAUGAAUAUUAUCCCCAUUUUGAAGGAAAGGACGGAGCCCUGGACUGUGGUCAAGAAGAUGGAUAAAGCAAACUACCCAGAGCCAACUCAGGCCUGGCCUCUGACCUGCUUGGGCAAGUGUUACAAAGCUCUUUACCUCUACCGAUAAGUGCCCAGAGGCACCCUACGCCUCCAGCAAGCCUCCUGUCUGAAGAUGCU